CCUCCCCGCCCGCGCCCGCGGUGACCGUGACCGGGGAUGGCGGGGCGCGAGGCCCCGGGGCCCGAGGCCCUGGAGCGGGAGCUGCGCGCGGCCGUGGCUUUGGAUCACAAACACAAACGGGAAAAUGAGGCGAAAUUCCGCGCCAUUGAACAGCGAGUGGGAUCUUACCAGGAAUUCCGUGAUAUCGUGUUGGCGUCGCACCUGAAGCCUUUGAACAGAAGGGACAAAUUUGGAGAAAGAAAGAAUGGAGUUUGGAAUGUUUGUGCUAAGACAUCGAACAAAAGUGACCAUAUUCCCAUAGAAAUAUCUAAGGACUCAACUUCCCAGCUUAAGACUGCAGGUGAUUUUAACCGUGAUUGGAGGAGAUACUACAAGACUGGACCAGAAAAGUAUGGAUGUCUUUUGAACCUCGGUGGUGAACGUUUGGGGCAAAUCUUCUGUACAGAAAUUGGAUUUGGAUUUCUUGGGGAGUUUCUCGUCAUCCUUUCUGAUCAUUUCCAACAGAAAGACCAGCUGGCAAUUUACCAGAUCCUGCAGAAUUUCUCUGAAACCAAACGUUUUAGCCUCAACGUGGAAUUUCUGAGCAGUGCAGAGAGAGAGAAAUGUAUGAAGUUAUUUCAAUAUUUCCAAGAGGAAGAUGAUUCAGACCUGGGCAGUGUGACAGAGUUGGAGUCUGUUCCGGAUCAAGGAGAGAAACCAAAACAUCAACAAGCUGUAAAGAAGCCAAACAAACAACAUGUAGUGAAUGCCAUAAAUGUAGCUAACCUACAAGAGCUAAGACAAGCAUACAAGAUAUGUUAGUCUAAAAAACAGCCUUUCAAUCUGAGAAUAAAUAACCCAACAGAUAUAAUUUUGUAUGUUUGUUAGGCACCUUAGUUGUCUUAGUGAAAUGUGUUUGUGGUUAAUUACAAGUUGUUUGGGGUUGAGAGUGCUGUCUUGCAUUUCUACAGUUAACUUUCUGUCAAUUGAAAUUAUUUAUACUGCAGAAUGUCAUUCGCAUGCCAGUUAUCACAUGUCCCCUUAAUCACAAUGAAGCUUUGAAUAGGUAAAGUUGGACUGCAAUGUCUGAAAAGUUUCAACAAGUUUCAAAGGAUGCUUGGCUCCAUACCAACCACGAGGGCUUUGACUUGCAGAGUUAAGAGGAGCUGAGUGGGAAUAAUCCAUCCCCCAAUCUCCUCCUGCAAGUCCUGUUGAUGGUUGGGUCUGACAUCAGCAGUGACCCUCCUGGCUUAGAGUCUAGGCUACAACAUUCUUUUACCAUCAAGCACAUCACCUUGGAACCAGCUUGUCCCAGAGGAUGGUUAAAAUUUGGUUAUUUGAUAUCUGCUAAGCAGUGGGGACAUCAAUAGUGCUGAGCAUCCAAUAAGUUACUCAGUAAACUGGCCUAACUGAAGAUUGAAUGGAGUAUGAAAGUCUAAAGCCUUUGAAAAUGCCUUCACAGAAAAUAGUCGCUAGGAAUCGUGCAAGAAUUUUUCUCCAUUUGUGGCAAUGGAUCACAUUGCAAAUUGGCUUCUCAGUCUGAGUGAGUGUGGGUGCAAAAGAUGUUUUCUGCUGCUCAGAGUAUAGUGAUUUCAGGCUCCCAGCUCAUCAACUGGGUAACACUAACCCUAUCUUUUAUACCGUAGGAUUCAGUCUUUUUACAAAUAAAAUAUACUAUUAAUUCCUAUAUAUGGAGUGUUUAAUUACAACGGAUACUGAGAGAUUUCUUUCUGCAAUCCUAACAUUUACAAAUGUGGGAAAAACUGGUCAACCCUGAGUGUAGGCUUUACGUAAUGAUAUGGCUCACUGCUAAGUUUCUCUUUGCCAGAAUUAAAUAAAUAAAUAUUCCUUGCA